AAAACUCUCAAAUUAACCCUUCUCUUUCCAUUCACAAUCUGUGAAAACAAAAAAAAAAAAAAAAAAUCUUCAACUUCUUCAAGAAGAAGACAUUGAAAUGGCUAACAGAGACGCAGUUCCAAAAAUUUUACCCAAAGUAGUAGGAGGGGGAGAGGUUAAGAAGAAGAAUGGACAAGCAGAUGGAAGAACUAGGCGUGCUUUGGGAGAUAUUGGAAACCUUGUCACUGGUCCUGCUGUUGGAGCAAAGCCUCAAACUAAGGUUUCUCGCCCCAUCACUAGGAGGUCUGCUGCACAGUUGAUAGUUAAGGGACAAGAACCACUGCAGAAGAACAAGACGAAGCCUCUUGUAACUAAAGGAGUUGCAGCAAGAAAAGUUGGUGUUCUAGCAAAAGCAGAAGCUAUUAAAAAGGAUUCUGUCAAAGCGAAAGCAGGAACAAUUAGUGUUAUAUGCCCUGAUGAGGAUGUGAAAACCAUUGAAAAGAUCACCUUGAAAGAAAGAAAAGUAAGGAAGAGUGGAAAGACUCUAACUUCUAUCCUAACUGCGCGAAGCAAGGCUGCUUGUGGACUCUCCAACAAACCAAGAACACAGAUUGUUGAUAUUGAUGCUGCUGAUGCUGAUAAUCACUUGGCUGGUGUUGAAUAUGUUGAGGAUAUUUACAAAUUCUAUAAGCUCACAGAGGACAAAAAUCGACCAUGUGAUUACAUGGAUUCACAGCCAGAGAUCAAUGACAGGGUGAGAGCAAUUCUUGUGGACUGGCUGAUAGAAGCACACAAAAGGUUUGAGCUGAGGCCUGAAAGCCUGUAUCUCACAGUCAACAUAAUGGACCGUUUCCUGUCGGAAGAGACUGUUCCUAGAAGGGAACUUCAGUUACUAUGCAUCAGCUCAAUGCUUAUUGCCUGCAAAUAUGAAGAGAUUUGGGCUCCAGAGGUUAAUGACUUCCUAACAAUAACAGACAAUGCUUAUGUCAGGGACCAGAUACUUCUAAUGGAGAAAGUAAUUUUGGGAAAGCUGGAGUGGUAUUUAACUGUCCCAACGCCAUACGUCUUUCUGGUUCGUUACAUUAAAGCUGCAGUUCCAUCUGAUCAGGAGAUGGAAAACAUGACAUUUUUCUUGGCUGAGCUCGGGCUGAUGAACUACACUACCGUGAUAUCCUACUGUCCAUCAAAGUUUGCUGCUUCUGCUGUUUAUGCUGCUCGUAGUACUCUCAACAAGAGCCCUCGAUGGACUGACACUCUGAAGCACCACACUGGCUACUCAGAAGACCAGCUGAGGGAAUGUGCAAAACAAUUAGUUAGCUUCCACUCUGGUGCUGAGGAAAACAAGCUGAAGGCAGUUUAUAGGAAGUUUUCUAGUCCAGAUAGAGGUGCUGUUGCCCUCUUGCCCCCUGCAAGAGAUGUUCAUAUAGGAAGUUCUUGAACAAAGAUUGUGAAUGUGUGAAGUCAGAUCAUGUCAAACUUUCUGAUCUCUUAUUUUGAAGUCUGAAAAAUUCAUACUUUUAUAUGAUUUACUUACUAGUAAAGUCAUUCCCUUUUAACAUUGUAUGGUUCUUGUGAAUAUUUGAAUGUUGAGUGA